CUGUGUGCAAGCGGCCGAGGCGGCGGCGCCGGGAGCGGCAGCGGCACCGCCGACACCGGCACCCGCGGGCAGCCGAGCGCCGCGCUGCGCGCCCGGCAAAUUUUGAGGAGUGAACAGGAGGUACCAGACUAGAUGAGUUUCCAGCGAAAUGUCGGAAAAGUCAGGCCAGAGUACAAAAGCAAAGGAUGGAAAAACAAAGUAUGCAACACUCAGUCUGUUUAAUACUUACAAGGGAAAGUCACUGGAAACUCAGAAAACCACAGUUGCCGCACGCCAUGGAUUACAGAGCCUUGGAAAAGUUGCUAUUUCCAGGAGGAUGCCUCCCCCAGCCAACCUGCCCAGUCUCAAAGCAGAGAACAAAGGCAAUGACCCCAAUGUGAACAUUGUGCCUAAAGACGGCACAGGAUGGGCUUCGAAACAGGAGCAGCACGAAGAGGAAAAACAGCCAGACGUGCCGCAGACACAGCCAAAACCUGCUGUUCCUGCUCCUCCAGAAGCAGCUCCUGUUGCCAAAUCCUGGGCCAACACCAAGCCAGGUGGACAGGAUGGUCCACCUCUUCCAGUAAAUAGUUAUUUCCAGCAAGAAUUUCCCAGUCUGCCGGCAGCUGGGGAUCAGGAAAAGUCAGGUAAAGAUAAAGAUGCACCCGAAGAGCUCCAUGGAUCAGGACCCAGCCUGCGACCACAAAAUCAAGAAGCUAAGGCUCUGGGACAGGAAGAUGGCAGUGCUACACCAGCAGAACAAAACGAUGGCCAGAAGGCAGGAGACAAGAGGGAUGUGCGGUUGCCACAGGUCCCUCAGCCCAAGCUGAAUGGGCAGCAGCAGCCACCCCUCUCAUCUCAGUACAGAGCAAUGAUGCCACCUUAUAUGUUUAAUCAGUAUCCUAGAAUGGCAUAUCCUCCUUCCAUGCAAGGUCCAACAAGAUUCCCCAAUUCUGAGCCUAGCAGAGGCCCAAGGGGAAGAGGCCCACCUUCCUGGUGUUCAGAACCCAUUGAGCGCCCAUCCAUUCUUAGUGCUAGUGAACUCAAAGAACUUGAUAAAUUUGAUAAUCUGGAUGCUGAGGCUGAUGAAGGUUGGGCAGGUGCUCAGAGCGAGGUGGAUUACACCGAGCAGUUGAACUUCAGUGAUGAUGACGAGCAAGGAAGUAGUCAAAAAGAGAAGGAAAGUGGUGAUGAACAAACACCAUCAAAAGAUUCCAAGAGUCCCGAUGACCAGAAGGAAGCAGAAGAACAGCCAAGUGCUAAGUCUGCCACCCAGGUUUCCACAGCAGCAGCCAAAGGGUCUUAUGGCAAGCUUGAUCAGGAUCGAGGUCCACCACAGCCUUCUAUACAUGAAAGAGGUGGCCCUGCUCUUCCUCCAAAAUCUGUUCUACCACCGCACCCUCCUCCCCCUGAUCGCCAGAUGGGAAGGCAGGGACCCUUUCCCCCUAAACCAGUCCCAGAUGAAGAUGAGAUUUGGAAGCAGAGGAGAAGGCAGCAGUCAGAGAUCUCGGCUGCGGUCGAGCGGGCCCGUAAGCGGAGAGAAGAGGAAGAAAGGAGAAUGGAAGAGCAGCGGAAGGCAGCUUGUGCUGAAAAGCUAAAACGGUUAAAUGAGAAAUUCGGCUGCGUGACAAAACCCUCCCGGGAAGACCCUCUGAAGGAGAGAGAAAGGGAGCGCGAGAGGGAGAGGGAAAGGGAGCGGGAGAGGGAAAGAGAGAGGGAGAGGGAAAAGGAGAGGGAGCGGGAGAGAGAGCGAGAAAAAGAGAGGGAGAAGGAAAAGGAAAAAGAGAGGGAAAGGGAGAAAGAAAAAGAAAAAGAAGAAAAAGAGAAACUGGAUAAGGCAAAAGAACAAGAACUGGAGAAAGAGAAAGAAAAAGAGACGGAGAAAGAAGAGAAGGAGAAUGAGAAAGAGAAAGAAGAGGAGAAACCAGCACACGAGGUUCCUGAGCCUGUAGAACCGGUGGCAACACCUGUAGCAGAAAAACAAGAAAGUGAAACCAAGAAUAACAAGGAAGAAAAAGAAGAUCAAGCAGUCUUUACUCGACAAGACAGUGGUCGGAAUGAGAAAGAGGUUUCACAGGUGACUCAUGAGAGUGAGCCGGAUUCGGGAUCUCAGCCUCGUCCUGCUGUUUCCUCGGGCUAUUCUAAACAGUUCCAGAAAUCACUGCCACCAAGAUUUCAGAGGCAGCAGGAGCAAAUGAAGCAGCAGCAGUGGCAGCAGCAGCAGCAAAGUGUCCUUCCACAGUCUGCUCCCUCCCAGCCUUCGAGUGGCCCUGUCCCACCCCCCCAGCACAGACCCCUUUACCAGCCCAUGCAGCCACAUCCUCAGCAUUUGGCUUCCAUGGGCUUUGAUCCACGGUGGCUCAUGAUGCAAUCCUACAUGGACCCACGGAUGAUGUCAGGAAGACCUGCAAUGGACAUGCCUCCUAUUCAUCCUGGAAUUAUGCCUCCCAAGCCACUGAUGAGAAGAGACCAGAUGGAGGGAUCAGCAGCUGGCUCGGAUUCGUUUGAACACAUGGCUCGCUCGGCGAGGGAGCACACUGUGCCUCUGUCAGAGCCCCGCAUGAUGUGGGGGUCAGACCCCUACCCCCACACAGAGUCUCAGCAAUCUACUUCUCCUCCCAAAGUGCUGGAAGAGCCUGACGACUUGAGGUCUGAAGCACACUUGGAGCAAGAACGAGUUGCUGUCCCUGCCAGUGCUUAUCCUGUAGAACACAACCAGUUGGACUCUCAUCCAAAGACAGAAUUUUUCAGAGAAUCGGGAGAGGUAGAGGUACAGAAAUUCCCAAGCAGGCCUUUGGAAGAUGUACAACCUCUCCAAACUGACACACCUAACACAGCAGUUAAUUUUGAAGGAGUGAAUGAGAAAGUUACACGUAGCUCUCCAGAAGAAUUGGUGCCUGUGGGAGAAAGUCACUCUUCACUAAAGAGAAGCAUUUCCCAUGGUUCAAGUCACUCUCUAAAAUCAGAAGACCAGAGGAAUGAAACAGCAGCAAAUAUCCCUAAAUUAAACAACAGGCCUAUCGAGGCAAAGGAGACAAUUGAGAGACUUGAGAUCAAACCGAAAAAAGAAAUUUUGAUCAAUAAUAGAACAUCAGAAGGACCAAAACCUGAGAAAACUUUCAAACCUAAGUCUGAAACAAGAUGGGGUCCUAGGCCAGGUUAUGGCAGGAGAGAUGAGGGCGGUGAUAGACCAGUCAGAAGAUCAGGUCCUAUUAAAAAACCUGUGCUUAGAGAUAUGAAGGAAGAGCGUGAGCAGAGAGAAGAGCGUGAGCAGAGAAAGGAAAAAGAAGGAGAAAAGACAGCUAGUGAAAAAACAAGCAAACCUGAAAAAAGUGACAAAAAGGAAGCACCUCAAGUGCCACUGCCUCAGGCUGAGCCGGAGAGAUCCACCUCCAGCAGUGCUCCUCUGGCUAAGAAGAUAACCCAGGAUGCCGCUCCGACCCUGGCGAGCCAGGAGGGCAGCCAGCCUGAGCCUGCAGCUAAGGCUGUGGUGCAGCCCCCCACACCCCCAGUCCAGCAGCAGCUCCCAGCUGCCCAGCCGACCACUCCCCAGCUUCCCCCGGCCAUCCCUGCACCACCGCCCGCUCCGCUGGCGGCACAAUCACAGCCCCACCCGCAGCCGCCCGCUCCUGCCGCGAAGGAGGAGAAGCAGCCUGAGAAGGUGGUCAGCAAGGAGGUUGUGGAGAAACCACGCUUAGAAACCAGGCCAGUAAAGAGAGAGCCUGGCUUACCACCUAGGACAUACUGGAAGGAGGCCAGGGAUAGAGACUGGUUCCCAGAUCAGGGAUACAGAGGCAGAGGUCGCGGCGAGUAUUAUUCCAGAGGCCGUAGCUACAGGGGUUCUUAUGGAGGGCGUGGUCGGGGCAGCAGAGGCCAUAAUAGAGAGUACCCACACUACAGAGAUCCUAAGCCUAGAACAGACCAUGUGCCUUCAGGGCCUGUUAGGCAAAGAGAAGAGAGUGAAACUCGUAGUGAGAGCUCUGACUUUGAGGUAAUCCCGAAGCGGCGGCGCCAGCACGGUUCAGAGACGGACUCUGACAGCGAAGUGCACGAGAGCGCAAGUGACACACUGCUGUCAGACAAAGACAGUGUCAUCAAGGGCAAGCACCCGAAAAGAGAAGAAAGAGCUGAUGGCAAGAAGCCUCCAAAGCCCCUGUCAUUCAAACCCGAGAACAAUAUCAGGGUAGACAACAGAUCUCUAGAGAAAACAUACAUAAGAGAUGAUGACAACAAACCCAAACCAGGAUUUCUCCCUAAAGGAGAGCCUUCUAGACGAGGCAGAGGGGGAAUGUACAGACGUGGUGGCCGGGAUCCUGGUGGGCGUCCUCCACGUCCAUCCACAAUCAGGAGACCGGCCUACAGAGACAAUCAGUGGAACCCAAGGCAAACAGAGAUCAUUAAACCAGAAGAUGGGGAGCCUCCAAGACGGAAUGAGCAUUAUGGUCCUAUACCAAUUGAUAAAAGACCUCCAAAAUUUGAGAGAAAGUUUGAUCCAAAUAGAGAGAGGCCACGAAGACAAAGGCCUGCUCGGCCUCCAAGGCAAGAUAAACCACCACGCUUCAGGCGCCUAAAGGAGAGAGAGGCCGCAUCCAAGAUAAGUGAGGUGGUAACCAGCUCAUCAACAAGUGCCACAGUUACUAGUGCAGUUAAUGAGCCCUCCAACCCUGCUCUGGAUGUGUCAGGAAGUAAGACACCAGACUUGUCCAACCAGAAUUCUUCGGAUCAGGCAAAUGAAGAGUGGGAAACAGCCUCGGAAAGCAGCGACUUCAAUGAGAGGCGGGAGAGGGAUGAGAAGAAAACAGCAGAUGCAGCAGCACAGGUGGCUGCAAAGGCAGGAGAAAACGCCGGAGCUCCAAAAAGGGAAAUAGCCAAGAGAAGCUUCUCUAGUCAGCGGCCGGGGAUAGACCGUCAAAACAGACGUGGCAACAAUGGGCCAGCUAAACCAGGGAGGAAUUUCUCAGGGCCCAGGAGUGAAAGGCGGAGUGGUCCUCCUCCCAGAAGUGGGAAAAGAGGGCCAUUUGAAGAGCAGGCAGCACCUGUGCCUGGUGUUGACCCCGCCAAUGGCAGCUCUGUACAUCAGGAGGACGGAGGUGCUGCUGCUGCAGGACAAAAGAGCACCAAGGAUGCAAGUGGCAAAAAGAGAGAAGAACCAAAGGCUGGUCCAAAGAAGCCUAAGGAAAAAGUGGAUGCCUUGUCUCAAUUUGAUCUUAAUAAUUACGCAAGUGUUGUGAUCAUUGAUGAUCACCCUGAAGUGACAGUAGUUGAAGACUCCCAAUCUAACUUGAAUGAUGAUGGUUUCACAGAAGUGGUGUCUAAGAAGCAGCAAAAACGCUUGCAAGAUGAAGAGCGCAGAAAGAAGGAAGAACAAACAGUGCAGGUUUGGACCAAAAAAGGAUCAAGCGAAAAAGGCCGAGGUCAGAAUUCCAAGCUCCCACCCAGAUUUGCCAAAAAGCAGCAGCAACAGGCAGCAGCUGCAGCUGCACAGCAGGCACAAGCUCAGGCUCAAGCCCAGGCACAGCCCCCGUGUCCGGCACAGUCUCCGGCUCAGCCCCAAGCUCCUGUUCCGACACAAAGCCAGGCUGCAGGAGGCACAGCCAGCACGGAAUACACCGUGUCAGGCAAAGUCCUGCAGAACACCCAGGCUCACAACGGUCUGGGAACUGAACUGUGGGACAGCAAAGUGCCUCCUACAGCAGUUCUGAAUGACAUCUCUAAAAAAUUGGGACCCAUUAGCCCACCUCAGCCACCUUCAGUCAGUGCCUGGAACAAACCUCUGACAUCUUUUGGUUCAGCUACAUCUCCAGAGGGGACAAAGCCUGGACAAGAAGGUGGAGUUGAUCUUGGUAUAGAAACUAUUCAGUUUGGAGCCCCAGCUUCCAGUGGCAGUGACAAUGAAAUUGGCCCUGUACUUUCUGAGAAGUCCACAGACAAGUUACCAGAACCAAAAGAGCAAAGACAGAAACAGCCUCGGGCUGGACCCAUCAAAGCACAAAAGGUAAAAGGUCAUAAUUUCAGUACAAACUUCUAAACUUAGAGAAGUUCA